UUUGACUCUGGUACAAUCCAAGAUCUGUACUUCAGAUGCCGGUGGACAGAAACAUUAUUUCGAUACUUUUGCUGGGCCUGAGGGUGUAGAUGGUCUCCAGGGGGUGAAUCGUAACUGAAUAAGUCUUCACUUAAUGGAAGAAUUCGAUCUUUCAAAGAGUCCAGUGCCUCUGACAUUGUACAUAAAUGGGAGCUCUGUAGGCGAGAGAGAGAGAGAGAUAGCCCUAUGUCCCGAUAAAGAAGCAAAUGCACUGCGUGCCUCGAAAAACUCCCUAGAUUGGCCGAAACGGUGUAAAUAGCCAGAGCCUAGAAUGAGAGCGUGAAGUGAAAAUUUCAGAUUUGUUCCUACUCCACACGUAAAACGCAUAACAUACGACCAGUGAACAAUAAAAAAAUGCAGACCCAUCCAAUCAGUAAUUAGCACUGCAUAGUGCAUUGCCAAUGAAUGAAGUGAAAAAAUAAUACUGCUCCAUUGUUGCUCUAGUUCCCCCAACUUUGGAUUUUGUGGGGGUAAUACAGGUGUACGAUCGCUACUGUCACUCAGGUAUUUCUUUAGACAUUUUAUCUGACUAGGCUUUUGACGUUUCAUCAUUCAGUAUAACCUACAAGAGACCUACCGAGGUAUCAAUAAACUCAGAUAUGAGUGCGUGAUUGUCGUCGCUAUUUAAUGAUAACAAGCACAAGUCGAGGAGAAAAAAAUGCCAGAGCCAGAGGCCAGUUCUCCAACACCGGGACCUUCUGAAUCGCCACCAGCACGACAAUCAUCAGAGGGAGAUAUAACCCCACCUCCUGGUGUCCUAAUGAUUCAUACGUCACGCACAGUCCAAGCUCUGCCAGAAAUCAACCGAACGACUACUUCCAGAAUCUUUCCCAAUGGUGUGCCAACCAAUUUAGAUGAGAUCAGGCCAAUUAUAUCUCAAGCCUACUCUAAUUCAAUGUCCCUCAGAUCGUGGCUGAAUGCAAGAUUCCCAGGGCAAAGUCCCCGGGUGGUUCCACCAUCCCAAGCAGUCACAAAUCCCUCCUCAGAUUCAUUCGUGAUAAAUUUGGAGGACGAGCCCUCCACUUCUCUUCCCCAAUCCCAAAACCCCUCACAUCCUCAUCAUGACCAGCACAUUCAGAUGGAGAGAUCCACGACAGCUGACAAUUUCUUCAACAACAUUCGAGAGGCUUCCGAAAAUACAGUCAACAAUAAUAGUAGUAUUAUUAGUAAUAGUAACGGUAAUAAUCAGGAGAAUAGCAAUGAUAAUGGUGAUCAAUCAAUGGAUUCGUUACAACUGAGGCCAGAGACCCAGGAAUUAUUCAAAACCCUUCAGAAUCAUGUGCCAUUUAUUGCAUUAUUGAUUCUAAAAACUAUCUACGAUCAUCGAUCUGGAACUCUCUGUCUUCUGCUGCUCCUAGCGGCUUUCAUCAAAACGAAUACUGAUCUGAAGACAGAAAUUGCCAAGCAAGCCAAUGGAAGUGGCAAAUGUCUGUUUCAUAUUUUGUGCUACAUAUUCGUUGCCUUAGCUAUGACGUCGCUUGUACUCAACGACUAUCCGUUCUUCUUUUAUACCAUAUAUACGUCAUUCUGGGAUUUAUUGUGGGCAGUAAUUGUCACGGAUUUUGCGGCGAAACUGCUCACCGUGGCUGUGAAAACGCUCCUGACAUGCUUACCUGGUAAAUGGUUGGCUUAUCAGAGGAGGGGAAAAUAUUAUCUAUUCAUUGAAGCAGCAUCCCAGUUCUGCAGAUCGAUCUUCCCCAUGUGGUCUUGGAUGCCAUUUUUCAGGGAAGCCUAUCAUGGCCCUGAAGUGGCUUUCGGAAUUAUAAUGGCUUCAUUGUACGGAGUAACGAAAAUCCGAGAUGCCCUUGUUAGAGGGAAAUUUCUGGCCAAUGCUUUCAUCAAGUUUUGGCAAAAUGUGAGCCUUGGAUCCUCUCCCUCCAAGGAGCAACUAGCAGCUUCCGGUAACACCUGUGUCAUCUGCCAUGAGGAAUUUUCCACCCCAGUUCAACUUCAUUGCAAGCACAUAUUCUGUGAGCCCUGUGUAUCAAUAUGGCUCGACAGGGAAAGGACGUGCCCCCUCUGCCGUUCACCAAUCACCGAUGAUCCCAUCUACAGGGACGGACACACGACACAAUUCAUUCAAUUUUAUUAACACCCCCAUACACUCCUUCCCCUAUUUUUGACGAAAUAAAGAAUCAACUGACGGAAUUAUGAUAGGAGUACUUCCAGGGGAAUAUCGUGGUGGAAUGUCAUGAUGAUAAUUAUAAUAAUAAAACGUGAGAAAAGGCUCUAGAUUUAUAAAUGAUUGGAACAACAUUGUAAUUACAUGAUAGUGUUUCAUAUCUUGUUUCAUCCUUAGGUAAUAAUAAUUCGUUACAAAGAGAAUUAAGUCAUUUAUUUGUUCUUAAACGUGUUUGAAAAUAUUCACCAUCGCCGCGUGAUGCCUGUCGAUUAAUUUCUCUGUGGCGAUCCUUGGUAACAAUUUCUUCCAUGAUCUCGCCAUCUCCUUUGACCAAUCUGCAGUGAUAAAUGUAUUUAUAUAAUUUUUUUUUCAGAGCGUUUUGGCGGGAAUAGUACAGUUAUGAACUGAUAAAUUGUAAAAAUAAGUUUUUUUUGUAAAUUCAUAAAAUGCUCUUUAUUUUUCAAAAUUGAAAAAUGAAUAUUGUUCAUUAAAUGCUGAUUCAGUUAGUAAAGAUAAUUUUCUUCAGAGCAUUGUUUCCAGGAUGAAACAUUCAUUAUAACUAAGAUUGAAAAUAAAAAAAUAGCAUUUUAAAUUUUUCAAAUAAAGUCUUAACAUUUUUCGUCUGAAUA